GUUUAGGGUGCAAGGGGUGUUCUAUGGAUGGCGAAGGAAAAGCUUACUUGGCACUGAUCCCUCCUUUCCAUAUAGACGUAGUUUACGUUAGGCAUCAAAUACUCUGUAAUGUAUCGUAAAUAGUGUAUGCAGAGGAUAGUGGAUGCAUGUUUAAUAAUGCGAUGAGGCCAAUGCACUUUGCAAGACUUGUGCUGCAGAUAGUCCCCGCAGAUCCCACGACCUGUUGCUGAAGCCGGGAGGAGAGAGAAGAGGCGCUUGAGAAGGAUAGUACUGCAUUGGACACGAGAGCCCGUGGUUUCUUCGCUGAGGAAAUCAUGCAGUUUGCAAUCUGGCUGGUUGGACUAAUGUGUCAUCUGUCAGCACUUGUCCGCAACUCCUUGGAAUACCGAUUGCAUCCGAAACAAGAAAGUUUCAUCAAACAGUUGUCGUCCUAUGAAAUUAUCACCCCGCUGCGGAUAAAUGAUUUCGGAGAAUCAUUCCCCCACAAAUUGCACUACAAAAGGAAACGGAGAAGUAUACAUGCAGAUUAUUCGGCUGGUUUACGUGCUCACUACAGAAUUGACGCAUUCGGACAACGCUUUCAUCUCAAUCUAACCGCCGACUCCGGUUUUAUCGCCCCCACAUACACUGUGACACAUUUGGGAGCGGAACACAGCAAAUCAACUGAGUCCCGCCAACAAGACCUCAGCGAUAUGCGUCACUGCUUUUUCCGCGGACAUAUCAACGCCAAGAUUGAAUCUACCGCUGUCUUCAGUCUGUGCACUGGCCUUAUGGGGACUUUUACAACCCAGCAUGGUGAAUACUUCUUAGAGCCCCUGAUGAAGGCGGAGGAGGGGGAGGAGUACGACGAGGAGCACAACAAACCUCACCUCGUCUACAGACAGGACAGGAAGAGGAGAGAGAGUCCUGCCAGUGAGCCCACGCAAGCCUGCUCAGCUUCAGGGGAAGGAUCGGAAAGGCCAGUUGUCAAUUUUCAGAGCAACAGGACUAUGGUAGAAGAGCUGGAUUCCCUGAGAGACCGAAUGGGCAUCCACCACACCGGCUACAAGAUAGACCGCCUCUCCACCACCUCCAACUCCUCAGACCCCCGUCACAGAGCACCGUCCAGGCAGAAGAGGUUCCUCUCGUACCCCCGCUAUGUGGAACUGAUGCUGACUGCUGACGUCAAGAUGGUGCACCACCACGGACACAACCUCGAGCACUACAUCCUAACAAUCAUGUCAGUAGUUGCUGCGGUCUACAGGGACCCUAGUGUAGGAAACCUCAUCAACAUCAUGAUUGUCAAGCUGGUUGUCAUCCACAAUGAACAGGAUGGACCCUCAAUAAAUUUCAAUGCUGCUACUACCCUCCACAACUUCUGUGUCUGGCAACAGACUCAAAAUGUCCAGGAUGACAGUCACCCUUCCCACCAUGACACUGCACUCCUGAUCACCAGGGAAGACAUCUGCCGAGCUAAAGACAAGUGUGAUACAUUGGGGCUGGCGGAGCUGGGGACCAUGUGUGACCCUUACCGGAGCUGCUCCAUCAGCGAAGAGAACGGACUCAGCGCCUCCUUCACCAUCGCUCACGAGCUGGGCCAUGUGUUCAACAUGCCCCAUGAUGACAACCCCAAAUGCAGGGAGGCAGGCAUAAAGCACCAGUUUCACGUCAUGGCGCCCACCCUCAACUACGACACUAGUCCCUGGUCCUGGUCAAAGUGCAGCCGCAAGUACAUCACUGAGUUUCUGGACACAGGGUACGGAGAGUGCCUGUUGGACGAGCCAGUGAGCAGGACGUACGAGCUACCCAACCACCUCCCUGGUCAGAUCUACAAUGCCAACCGACAGUGUGAGCUCAUGUUUGGUCCCGGAUCCAUGGUCUGCCCUUACAUGAAACAGUGCAAGAGGCUCUGGUGUACGAGUGCUGAGGGGGGUCAUAAAGGGUGUCGGACACAGCACAUGCCCUUGGCUGAUGGGACAGACUGUGGACAUGGAAUGUACUGCAGACAUGGGAAGUGUGUGAACAAGGAGCUGGACCUGCGGCCGGUCCAUGGGGAGUGGGGCCCCUGGGGGCACUACAGUGUCUGUUCCAGGACCUGUGGAGGAGGCACCAGGAGUACCUCCAGAGACUGCAACAACCCUGAGCCCCGGAAUGGAGGAAAGUUCUGCGUGGGUCGAAGGAUGAAGUUCCGGUCCUGCAACACUGAGCCGUGUCCCCGAGGACAGAGAGACUUCCGCGAGGAGCAGUGCUCUCAGUUCGACGGCAAGCACUUCAACAUCAACGGUCUACCUCCCACCGUCCGCUGGGUGCCCAAGUACAGCGGUAUUCUAAUGAAGGAUCGGUGCAAGCUCUUCUGUCGGGUUGCCGGGACGAUGGCCUACUAUCAGCUGAAGGAUCGCGUCAUCGACGGCACGCCGUGUGGCCCAGACACCUACGAUAUCUGUGUUCAAGGCCUCUGUCGGCAAGCAGGCUGUGAUCAUGUGUUGAACUCCAAGGCGAAAAAUGACAAAUGUGGAGUGUGUGGAGGGGACAACUCCUCCUGCAAAACCCUUGCUGGGACCUUCAACGAUGCUGAGUAUGGUUACAACACAGUGGUGAGCAUCCCUGCAGGAGCCACCAACAUUGAUAUUAAACAGGUCAGCUACUCUGGGAAGUCAGAGGAUGACAACUACCUCGCUUUAUCUGACAGCCAUUCUAACUUUCUCCUGAAUGGGAACUUUGUGGUGGCCAUGUUCAAAAGGGAAAUCCCCUUCAAGGGAACUGUCAUUGAGUACAGCGGCUCAGACACCAUUGAGGAGCGCAUCAACUGCACUGAACGCAUCGAGGAGGAACUCAUCCUACAGGUCCUGUGUGUGGGGAACCUGUACAACCCAGAUGUGCGCUACUCCUUCAACAUCCCCAUCGGGGAGCACAGGGAACAGUUUGUGUGGGACCCCUCAGGCUCCUGGCUGGAUUGUAGCCGCAUGUGUCAGGGUGAACGACAGCGCAGGACUAUAUGUGUGAGGAAGAGUGACCAUCUGGGGGUUUCUGACCAGCGCUGUGAGCCUCUACCCCGUCCCAACGCUGCCACUGAGCCAUGUAACACUGACUGUGAACUCAGGUGGAAUGUAGCAGGGAGGAGUGAGUGUUCUGCUAAGUGUGGCCCUGGUUACCGGACCAUGGACGUGCAGUGUAUGAGGUACAGCUUGCUGAAGAGGCAGAGUGAGAGGGUGGAGGGGAGGGCCUGUUCUGACCUACCUAAACCCCAGGCCAGGGAGGCCUGCCACGGGGACUGUCUGCUCAAGAGCUGGCAGUACAGCGCCUGGUCCCAGUGUUCUAAGACGUGUGGUCGUGGGGCCCGCACCAGGGACUCUUACUGUAUGAACAAUCUGGGGAGGAGACUGGUGGACAGGGAGUGCAGUGACUACCAGAGGAUGGUCGCGGAGAGCUGCAACGACCAGGCCUGCCCUGACUGGUCAGCCAACGACUGGAGUGAGUGCUUGGUGACGUGUGGGAAGGGGAUGAGGCACAGGCAGGUAUCCUGUAGUGUGGGGGUAGGAGAGGAGAAUCUGAGUGAACAAUUCUGUGACCCCAACACCAAGCCUCUAGCUGUGGGGAGCUGUGAGCUGCCAGAUUGUGCCUCCUGGCAGGUUGGAGUCUGGGGACCGUGUGCAGUGACGUGUGGCCAUGGUUACCAGAUGCGGGCUGUGAGGUGUGUGUCAGGGUUGUAUGGGGACACAGUAGAUGACAUGAAGUGUAACGCAGCAUCCAGACCCAGGGACAGCCAGGACUGUGAGAUGGCACCGUGUCCCUGGGCCUCUCCUCAACACAGCACCGUCCACCCUGACACCUCUGGUCAGCUCCUCACACAGUGGAGAUAUGGCUCCUGGACCACAUGCUCUGUCUCCUGUGGGAAGGGGAAGCGUGCCCGCUAUGUCAGCUGUCGGGACGCCCAGGGUGGAGUGGCAGACGAGUCCUACUGUGCCCAUCUGCCCCGGCCCCCAGAAUCCUCAGCCUGCUUCAGCUCAUGUGGCCAGUGGAGCUCCCGGGAGUGGUCUCCUUGUUCAGUGACGUGUGGUGUGGGCCGGGUCACCAGGCAGGUGGAAUGCAGUAACUACCACCACCGGGUGGAUGAGUCAUUCUGCGACCAGGACGAGAGGCCCAGCACAGAGCACGAGUGUACGGCCACCCCCUGCCCCCCCGAGUACCGACAGAGGCCCAAUGACCAGCCCUACAGCCCUCACAACCCCGCCAGCCACCCAGGCCAUGGCAGUUGGAACAUCCCCUCGGCAGACAACCAGUGGAGGACGGGACCCUGGGGAGGAUGCUCCAGUACGUGUGCAGGGGGCUUCCAGAGGAGGGUGGUAGUGUGUCAGGAUGCGGAGGGUCGCAGCACCAGCCACUGUGACCAGAGGGUCAAACCUGCAGAGUCCAAGAGCUGCGACUCAGGACCCUGCCCUCUGUGGAACUACAGCAUCUGGGGAGAGUGCACCCAGACGUGUGGCGGAGGAAGGAGGACGCGCCAGGUGGUGUGCCAGCGGCCCAAUGGACAGAGACUCAACGACCACAACUGUGACGUCCUGGAUAAGCCUCCUGACAUGGAGCAGUGCAGCCUGCACCUGUGCCCAGGCAGCACAUCCUGGCACCGCCGACCAUGGAAGCCGUGUUCUGUGAGCUGUGGCCGGGGGACCAAGCAGCGGGAGAUAACCUGUGUUUGCCAAAACCAAACCCAAAUAGAGGAAGAGCACUGCAGUCAUCUGUCACGUCCCCGGACACAGAAGGCCUGCCGAGCCCAGGGAUGCCCCAGCUGGAAGGCCAACAGGUGGAGCAAGUGCUCUGCCACCUGUGGAGUAGGGGUCCAGAACAGAGAUGUGUACUGCAGACUGAAGGGUACAGGGAGGGUGAGAGAGGAGCUGUGUGGUUCCCACAACUGUCCGGCCACUGCCCAGCCCUGCCAGGUUACUGAGUGUCUCCAUCACACCUGGGCAGCAGGAGAGUGGCAAGAUUGUAACGCCACCUGUGGAGAAGGUAUGAGGAACAGGAAGGUUCUGUGUGUGGGGGCCGAGCUGACCCCAGUCCAGGACGCCCUCUGUGACCCCUCGUCUUGCCCUGCCCUGCACCAGCCCUGCAGCAGAGCACCCUGCUACCACAUGUGGAUAACAGGAGAGUGGUCACAGUGCUCUGCUAGCUGUGGUGUGGGCUACCAGCAGCGAAUAGUGUCCUGCUCCAUGAAGCCCUCCUCCACCCUGCACCCUUAUGAUGCCCAGUCCUCCGCCCUGUCCCGCCCUCACUGUCCAGAGCCUCCCCCACCUAGCACCAGGCAGUGCCUCCUUUGGGACUGCCCACAAGCUGCCUACUGGAAAGUUGGCCCAUGGAGCAAGUGCUCCCAGACGUGUGGAGCGGGGGUUAUGGAGCGCAGGGUAGAGUGUCUGUUCUCUAAAGGCCAACCGUCCAAACACUGCCGUCCAGCCGAGAGGCCCGAGUCACAGGCCACCUGUCGCGAGAGAGAGUGUCAGUUGUUGACAUCCUGCAGAGAGGUCCAGAUGAUACAGGGGGUGAGGAUGGAUGGAGAGUACUACCUGAAAGUCAAGUCCAGGAUUCUACAGAUCUACUGUGCUGAGAUGCAGACUGAUUUCCCUAAGGAAUAUGUUACGCUGCGGAGUGGUCAGACAGACAACUACUCAGAGGUCUAUGGAUACAGGUUGCUGAAUCCUUUUGAUUGCCCCUACAACGACAGCAGAAGGCAGGACUGUGACUGCAGGAACGAUUACUCUGCAGCGGGAUACACUCUCUUCCAUAAGGUCCGUCUGGACAUCAUCUCACUGAGGAUAAUGACCACAGACCUGAAGUUUUCUCAGACCCUGUUUGGUCGUCCCGUCCCCUUCGCCACAGCAGGAGACUGCUACAGUGCUGCCAAGUGUCCUCAGGGCCAGUUUAGCAUCAACCUCAUAGGGACUGGUCUGAAGGUGGCUGAGGCAACCAAGUGGACCUCACAGGGCAACUAUGUCUCUGUCAAAGUCCACAGAUCAGAGGAUGGGGCAAGAAUCUAUGGUCGCUGUGGUGGGUUCUGUGGGAAGUGCAUUCCCCAGCCUCACAACGGCCUGCUGGUUUAUGUCCAGUGAUGGUCAGGGACCAAACCCCAACCCAACCAUCUCCCAAGGGUCUCCCAGUGGUCUCUCAACGUUCUCCCAACAUCAGACCAGGAAGUGAAACCAGAGCGUCUGGGGAUCCAAUGCACUUAAUUUGUGAAGGUUGCCAUCCCUUUCCUCCCUUCAUCACUAGGGUUUAAUGACAGGAACCUAGUUACCAAGAUUUACUGCCCAAAACCACUCUCUUUUCCCGGGAAAAAUAACUGCGAGAAACCGGUAAAUUAUAAUAAAUUAUUUAUAUCAAUGGAACUGUUAAUUAUAUGCGAUGUCUAAAUCUGGUUUCUCUACGGCCUUCUCUCUGCUCUCUGCAUGAUCAAUCAUCAAUGCUCAUGGUAGGGACAAACAGACCAUCUCAGUAUGGAGUGCAGUUCACAAUGCGUGUAGACCUAUCAUCUCAUCAUAACUUUUUUUCUUGUGAUAGGUAGGCAUACAUAUUCUGCAGCACAGCCUAUUCUACAGUAAUAUAAGGACCGAAUACGCAUCUAAUUUACAUAUCACCAUUGUGCUUUCGGGGGUCAUCAUAUUUUGUAAUUGUAAAGAUUUGUUUUUAUUAUUGCAGCUGCAGAGUUUUAAAACAGCCUAUCACUCGAAUAUCAUUGAUUUAAAUCCAAGCAUGUGCAAACAGUCUCUCUCUCCUUCAAUUCCAUUCCAUUUGCAAAAUGAAUAAUAAUCUUCAAGAUAGAUAUAUAUAGCUAUAAAGGGUCCUUCAGCAGAACCAAUGACUCUGAAGAUGAGCUCCGUCUGUUAUGUCUGACCUCACUAGUGUUUGUAAUUGUAAUGGUAACCAAAUACCUCUGUGCAUUGGAAUAACAAAAGCAGACUGUCAGACAAUCUCACAUAUUCCAGCAUUGUAGAGUCUCGCAUAAAGGGGCACAAUCACAUUUUGGGGCGGGAAGUAGCAACGGAUGCACAGUACAGAGCUACGGGAAAAAUCCUCUCAUGGUUUCUAGAAAGAGCUUACUCAUCUCAUAAGGGUAAAAUGUUCUUAUGGAACUCUGAAAGGAAACAUGAAUUAGUCAUUAUAGAACUGGUACAACUAUUUACGUUUUUAUACAGUCAGCAAGACAACUUUUUGUUGGGUAAAUGGAACAUCUCAAUAAAUAUUUAAAUUGUAUUAACUUAUAGUGUUAUGGAACAAGGGUAAUUAUGAAUUCCUGCAAAAUAAUUCUGAUAAAUUAUGUUUUUGUUGUGAUUAGAUUAGUAAUAACCCCAAAUUAUAUAAAUUAUAUAGCUUAAAAAUGUUACAAAGAUCAAGGAAGGAGAAUUCUCCACAUCAGAAGAUACGUCCAGACAGGGGCGCAACUUUCACUGGGGAUGGGGGGGACAUGUCCCUCCCACAUUCUGAAAUUGCAUUUGGUCUAGUUUUAUCAUUGGAAUGUGAUACAAAACGAGGCAACUGUGUGCUUUAGGACCAUGCAGACGCCUCCGAGUGGUUGGGUAGGCUGUUUGGAGUGUUUAUCCGACAGAAUACAAUUUUAAAAUGAUGUCCCCACCACUUCUAAAACAAAAGUUGCACCAGACAUGGGUUUUUCGGGAAAGAAUCAUUCGCCAAUCAGUUAGCUAGGCUUUGUGUACAACUGUUGUUGUGUAUACUUCUACUAAUGGUCACCCAGACUUGCCUUAUCUCAAACGUCAAAGGUCGUAGGUGAGGAUUCCUGCAUCACAGAUUAAUCCUCACUGUUCUGUUGUGUAAUACUACUGAAAACUCUUCAGAGCCCAAUGACUUACUGACUACUGUCUGACUGACAUGUAAUUAGAAUGAUUUAUCUAGCAGGUCAUAGAGAGACAACCAAAUAGACACUAAAUCAUUGGCGUUGUGACCUGGAAAACAGUUUUUUUAUAUAUAUAUUUAAUUCAUUAAUAUGGUGGCAACUGUUGUCUACAUCAUGUAAGAGGUGUUAAGUCAAGGUCAAGCUCUCAUCUCCAGUCAGUAGCUAGUUUGUCUCAGUACAUUUGUGACAUUGUUUUCCAGAUCAUGUCUCUUCUAGGUCCUAUAAGGUGCAUGUGACCCUACCUCUCACAAUAAUCCAUUCUCAUGAGAAGAAUUUCAUUAUAUUGCAAAAUAUUUACGUUUGAUCAUAUUUAUUCUGUAAUGAUAUGUAAUGAUACAUUAGAAUACUAAUAGCCGAGAAGCCAUUGUUUGGUUUACUGUUUGAUGCUGAAAAGGUAUUACAGAUUGUAGUGUGUGUAAGUAACCACCAACUUGAAAGAGGAUCUUUGAAUGGUGCUUUUAUAACUACUGAAAUGACCUCUAAUCUUGAGAAGGAACAUAAUAGUGGCAUUGGAACUGACAUUAGCUGUAGCACAACCUCGACACCCUUUGAAUGAAUACGUUCGGCCUUCAUGCCUGUAAAUGUAAAUGUACUACUUAUUACAGCAUAAUGCCCAAAAUGCUUUGCAUAAAAUAUCAUGGUCCUCGUAUUAAUGUAGCUGACGACCAAGCUGGAGGGUUGCCACAUAUAUGCUGAACUACAUAAGGAAACCUGCCUGAAGGAACCCUAUCAUCAUUUAGGUGAAAUGAUGUCACUGUGACCACUAUAACUGGGUUUUGGCAACCCUGCCAUGCUGGUACUCCGAUGUUAAGCUUUAACCAAAGUUUCAUAGAUGCAGAAUAUAACUUUUGUCAGAUAAUGCAGCUAGAAAACCUUUGUCUAUCAUUCUUGUUUGAUAGGCAAUUGUACUAUGAUGAGGUCUGUAUCAGAAAUGUUAAGAAUACUUGAUGCACUAUGUGCCAUACAUUUUGUAGAAGGGUAAUCAUGUUUAUUUCUUUUAAAUAACAGUUCAGAUUUGUAACUUAUGAUAGGUGUGUAUUUUUUUAUAUUCAUACUUGAAGUGUAAACUGUGUCUCGACGACAUGGGCAUUGAAUUGAACAAGGUGCUUGUUUGCUAUGUAUUAUCCAAAGAUGUUUUUAAGAAUCAUAUGUACCUACAGUAUGAAAAUGAAUGAUUCUGGUGCUAUGGUCAUUCAUUUUAAUUGUAUCAACAUCGUAGGUUUUGCUACUAUACUAACACUGUAUAAUAAGCAGUAAUUAAAUAUUGUAAUGCUUUUCAAUUGA